AUGGCAGUGGCACUCACCUCUCUCCUUCUCCGCUGUGAUGGCCUCAUCCUCUUUAGAAAACCCUCACUCUCUCUCCUCAAUAAGCAGAUCUGUUCCACUCGCAUCACCUUCGCCUUCGCCUCUCCUAAACCAAAACCUAAAGUAGCCGCGAACCUCCAGAGUGUUAUUGCUAUGUUUGUGAUUGUGUUGCGCCAUGUAAGGGCUGGAACGAUUCUAAGUCAGCUCAUUGCAAUGCUUCUGAUAAAAUUGGCAAAUCAAGAUGGCUAUGCUCCAUCUGCUGUUGAAAUUUUGCGGAUUAUUGAUGAAACCUUGGAUGGAUUGCUACCUGACUUGAUGGCUGGAUCACGAAAUACAUAUGUUCCAACUAUGCCAGCAUUGGCCAGAUGUACUACAGAAUCAAGGUUUGCAUGGAAGAAGAAAGAGAAGUCGCCAAACACUCAAAAGAGGAAUUCUCAGAUUGCAACAAUGAAUGGGGAUAAUCCUUUUAUGGUAGCCCGGGUCUGUGUUCGUAUAAAUACUUUGCACAGAAUCCGAUCAGAGUUGGAUGUUCGAGAGAAGAGAAUAAUAACCCAUUUGGGGAACUUAGCAUUUUACCAGUAA